CUCACGAGUUUUCGAGUCGAGUAUUGAGCUACUUGACUCGACUCACUAAAAUUUCGAGUAAAUCUCGAGUUGGAGCUGAGCUCACUCGAGCUGAAUUUUGACCGAAUCGAGUUCGAGUAGCCCGCGAGUUGUCUCGUCUCAUAACUCAAGCCAUGAACUUUUAUUAUUUUUUGUAAAAAAAAAUUUGACAAGAAAAUCAAAUUUUAAAAAGAAAAAAAUGGGGGAAAUGACACAAGUAAAAAAAAAAAAAAAAGAAAAAAACAAAUCAUUUUCUACUUUUACCAACGCAACCCCCUCCACGUCCAUGUCUCCACCCUUACGCCUCUGUCGCUGUUGACUACCACUCUCUCCUCCACCGGCGUCGCUGUUUUCUCCUACUCCUACGCCUCUGCCGUCGCCGGUUUCUCCUCCUCCUUUUCAUCCUUUUUUGGUUGUUGUCUCCUGCACUUCAAAUUCAGGUAAAAACAUCCGCCAUUGAUGUCUUCUUCGAGCUCCAAAUUCUAAUUGCUUGUUUUUUCUGAAACAUUGUAAUACAAAUUAACGAUGACCCAUUAUCGUAAACUUAAAUUAUAUCCUAUUCUCAGAUGGGUUUCUUCUGAUUUUCCCCCAAACCCCUUUAAAUUACCAUUAAAAUACCCUAUUUUUCGAUGUGAUUUUCCAUGUUAUUGUAAUUAUAGUAAUGUACAGCAUUAUUCUAGUUUGAUUAGUACUAUGAAUGUUAAUUUUGAGCAAAAUGAAGGUAUUCAAGGGAGUUCAACUUCCAAUAAUGGUGAUACAGUUCGUAGAUUUUCUAAAACUAUUAAGAAGGAGGCUCAAGGUGCAUUGUUAGAUUAUUUGCAUUCUACUAGAAGCUUACCCUUUUUGGAUGCUGAGCAUAUGAGCAAAAAUUCCCCUCAAUUUUUGAGGAAGCUGGUAGAUAAUGUCAAGAAUGAGCCUGAAAUCGGGCGUUCUGUGGCUCGUUUCUUGCGUUACCAUCCUAUUAAUGAAUUCGAACCGUUCUUUGAAAGUAUAGGGUUGGAACCUUCUGAGUUUGUUCCUCAACUUCCGCGUGAUUUGAUGUUUUUGAGUGAUGAGGAAGGUUUGUUUGAUAACUACUUUGUUUUGUGUGAAUAUGGGGUUAAUCGCUAUCAUAUAGGAAGGAUAUAUAGAGGGGCAAGAGAGGUGUUUCGAUAUGGUAAUGGGGUUUUGAUAUCGAAGCUACGAGAAUUUGAGGAGCUCGGGUUAAGUAAACCUGUUAUAGCUAAGGCUGUUGUGUUUAACCCUUGUCUUUUGAUUGAUGGUGGGGGAAAAGAGUUUUUUAAGGUGGUAGUAAAGUUGCAGUGCCUUGGUUUUGCAUAUGAAUGGGUUGAGCAGCAUUUAUUGGAGAAUGCUUCCUACAAUUGGAGACAAGUCUUUGAGUUGCUACAUAUGCUGAAUGAUAUAGGCUGUGAAAACGAGGAAUUGGGGAAUUUGUUGAGGCAACAUCCAGAACUUUUAUUUGAUCGUUCAGGUCGAUUGACCUUUUCAUUGAUUGGUUAUCUGCUAAAAUUUGGAUGCACAAAGAAUGAUAUAUGCUCACUGUUUAUUCACUUUCCACAAAUCAAAGUUGGAAAAUUUCUUCAGAAUCUUGGACGCGCUUUUGAGUUAUUUUGUGAAUUAGAGAUGGAUGCUUUGAAUAUUGAAAAUAUUAUUCAAACACAUGUCAUGUUGCUGGGUUCAUGCUCAGUGAAGAAAGCAAACAGUUUAAUUUGUAAUUUGAAUAUAGGAAAGAAACGCUUGUGCGAAAUCAUUAUAGAAAAUCCGUUGGUGCUAAAGAAUUGGGUUUUGAGAGCAAAAAUUAAGCGCCUGUCUGAGACUAGAAUGUGUCCUCGCAAGGAGAGGAUUAAAUUCUUAUCAAGUAUUGGCUUCACAGAACAUUCAAAUGAAAUGGAAAAGGCACUAAAGCUAUUCCGCGGCAAAGGAGAUGAACUCUGGGAAAGAUUUGACUGUCUUGUCAAAGCAGGGCUCAGUGAAGGGGAUGUCGCACAGAUGACAAAAGCGGCACCACAGAUUCUCAAUCAAUCAAAGGAAGUUAUAGAGACAAAGAUUAGAUAUCUCGUUAAUGAUUUAGGCUAUCCAGUGUCAAGUUUAAAACCAUUCCCAGGGUUCAUUGCCUAUACAAUGGAAAGGGUAAAGCUUAGAUUUUCUAUGUACAAUUGGCUUGUCAAUCAAAAUGCUGUUUGCAGUACAUUGAGUUUGAGUACCAUAAUUGGAUGCACGGACUCAUUUUUUGUGAAGAAGUAUGUAAAUAAACAUCCUAGAGGCCUUGAUGUGUGGCAGGAGUUGAAGAAGACGAUUUAUGUGAAAUAAGUUUCCCUGCUCAUUAGCACAGUUAACUUGUGCAUGCUGAGAAACUGAUUCAGAUUUUCAGCUAUUAUUACUCCAAGUCUCAAAGCUUUUGGACUUUAUUCAGCAUAAUCACAAAGUGCGUUCAGUACUUGACAGGUUGUACACUGAACUAUGUACCAUCAAGCAAUGCUGCUCUCUGUGCUAGCUUCUGACUGUUUGGGAUUUCAUAUGUAACUCUAUUCAAGCUAUAAAUCAAGAACUGCUGAUCUGAAAUACAUUUUCUUUGCUGUUUCUACUUCGAAUUUUGCAUGUAUGAAUGUCGUUAUUGGCUCUGGUUUCAUGGACGCCUUCGUGAAGGAAGUAGAUGAAGUGGAUGCUGAAUAUCGGUUAAAGUUUGAGAUUUCAUGUCUCUGCUUGUAAAACAAAUUAUCAUUUUUUUCAGGAAUGAAUUUAACUUCACACAUCUGUAAUUUUCACCAAUGUAGGUGUGUAGCUAAUUGUUUCCACACUAA